AGCCUCUCUUGUGCUGUUGUUGCCUCUGCUACUCCUUCACUAUGAAGAUCAAGAAGCCUUCUAGAAGACAAACUCUGAACAGGAAAUAUAAUAUCCAGAAAAAGGUGAAAGAGCAUAAUCGGAAGGUGAAGAAGCAGGCUAGGGUGGCAAAGAAAGUCGGAGUUGUGGUAUCGAAAAAGAGAAGAGAUCCGGGGAUACCGAACAGCUGGCCUUUUAAACAGGAGGUGCUGAAUGACAUGGAGAAGAGGAAGCAAGAGAAGGAGGCUCAUAUUAAGCGGGAGAGGGAACUCCGCAAGAAGGGCUUGCCAGUCGAGCCAGUGGUGUCUAGGAAGAAUCAGGACAAGGUGGUGAAGUCCCUGGCGGAGUUGAAAUCGGAGGCGGAGCGAAGGACGAGGCUUUAUGAUCGAUCGGCUGAUGCGCUCAUUGGCUCGUCUACUUCUGUGAGGGACAUGCACAGCGUGACUCAUCUUGGGAGCGGUUCCAAGGAGGCACAGAACACUAGGAGGGCCUAUUAUAGGGAGCUGAGGAAGGUUAUGGGCAUGGCUGACGUCGUAGUAGAGGUUUUGGAUGCUCGAGACCCUCUGAGUUGCCGAUGCAAGAGCCUCGAGGAGGAGAUACUUUCAAACGGCAAGAAGGUCAUCCUUUUGCUCAAUAAGAUUGAUCUCGUACCUAAGGAGGCUGUCCAAGCUUGGUUGGCUUACCUUCGUAAGGACUUCCCUACUAUUGCGUUCAAGGCCGCUAGGAGCUCUGGGGACCGUCAAACUGGCAGGGCUAUCGCAGCUGAGACCGCUUCUGAGGGGCUAUUGAAAUCUAGCUAUGGUGUCAUUGGCAGCGAUGCUCUCCUGCAGCUCUUGAAGAACUAUGCAAGGAGUGUUGGUACUGGUCGCAUCAACGUUGGUAUUGUUGGCUACCCUAACGUUGGUAAGUCCUCUGUUAUCAACUCUAUGAAGAGAGGCAAGGGGGUGCACCUUAUGACUGGCAAUCGUGCUGGGGUUACUAAGCAGAUGCAGGAGGUCCAGAUAGAUAAGACUGUGAGCUUACUAGAUUGCCCGGGUGUAAUUUUCUCUGGCACUGAGGAAUCGGCUAGCAACACUUCUAGUUUGGUGAUUCGACAGUCGGUGAAUGUGGACGCCCUCGAGGACCCGAUGCCAGUCGUUGAGGCGUUGGUCAAACGUACACCGCGCAACGCCGUGUUGAAGCACUUCAAGAUGCCUGCAUUCGAGUCGGUGAAUGAGCUGGUUGGUCAUGUGUGUCGGAGUCGGGGUAAACUCCGUCGUGGGGGCGCGCCGGACUUCCGGCAGGGAGCCAAGGACGUUCUUAGAGAGUGGACAGCUGGCAGGCUGCGAUUCUUCUGCAUGCCUCCUGCAGCUGAUAAGGGCAAGAAUUUCGCUAAAGUGGUCGCUGCUGCCAGCCCCGAGUUUGACAUUGACGCACUCUUCAGCCAGGCGGAUACUAACGCGGAAGCGGCAGCUGGGGUGGAGUUCAGCGGGUCGGCUCAUAACGCGGCUCAGAGUGCUGACAUGGGCGUUGAUAUGGAGAUGGAAAGCGGCGAGGAAGGGGAGGUAGAUGAAGUUGAUGAUGACGACCAGGAGGAGGAGGAGGAGGAGGAAGUGCCGAUUCUCAUUGACGAGGCUGUUGAGGAGAAGAAGGCUUCUGGUAAGACGAAAGAAAAACGUAUAUUCACGGGAUUGAACCCGCGUGUGAAUCGGGAUAUCAAGAAGAAGACUAAGGAGGCAAAACGUAACCAAGGGAAGAAGGAGAGGAGACAACGAACACAACAGAUGGAGGCUUCCGACACCGCGAUGGAAGGCGAUGACGACGGCUACAACUUUCAGAGGGACUUCAAGUGAUGAUUUUCCUUCCUCGUGUAUUAUCAGAGCCAGAUGAUGGCCAUAACGUUAACUGGACGUAAACUAGUUUCUCCUUG